AUGACAAGCGGAUUAGAUGAAAAUCAAUUUAAUAAUACAUCUAUUUAUCAAAAUUCACCAGAUAAAUCAUUAUCUGGUGAUAUAACCACCUACAAAAUUUGUAACAAUAACUCUAAUGAACAAGACCUAGGCGAUACUACACUAGACAAUGCAAAUGCUGACAAUGCCAUUACCAAUAACAAUGAGAAUCUAUCUAAAUUAAAUGAUAACCCAGAAAUAAUUUCCAAUGAAGUAAGUGCAAUUGCUAGAGAUCAUCCCAUUAUGCCCAAUGAUUCUAUUGGAGUAUCAGUAUAUACCACAGAUUUAAAUUUUAAAGAUGAAGUUGUUACCAUUAUCCCCAAAUUCGAUAACGUGAACAUUGAAUACGCAGAGCCUAUGACGAAUGAUUAUCAAUCUAAUAAUACUAUUGAAUCGCAAAAUGAUUCUCCACAGGAAAAUGUCAUCACAGAUGGUGUAUUACAAGUAAACACUCCUAAAAAGAGCGAACCCCUGGUAGAAUAUACAGGAAGUUUAUUGAGACUUUUUCAGUCCGAAUACUUUGAUUCGUUUUUUCAUAUGUACUACCUCUUUUCAAGGAAGGAACCCGGUAUUCAUGAAUAUCUUGUUAAUUUGUUGUAUUCCAAACGUACUGAAGAAGAGAUCCACUUUUACCUACCCCAACUGUGUCAAAUUGCAUUGACAAAAUACAAAACUUCAUCUUUAACCCGUUUUUUGCUUGACAAGGCUUCUUUAUGUAUGCAUUUCGCACUGCAAGUAUCAUGGCUUUUUAACGCCGUUUCUGAUGAUAGAAUUUCAGAGCUGGAAGCUGUAGCGCUUAUGCUUAGCCAAGAAACUGAAAUGGCUGUGGUAAAUUGCAAACCAACACUAUCAAUAUCCUCAAACACUAGGCCCUCUGAUAAUAUUAAAUCGCCAGAUUUAUUUGAAAGGCAUCUAUUGCUGACAAGGAUGUAUAACAACAGUGGCAUUAGUAAUAGGAGUAAAUCUCCUUCUUCUGCUAGGAUACCUGAGCCAUUUAAGAUGAAUACAUUGCCCAUAACUAUUCCUAAUUCAGUAGUUAAAAUACCCAGUGUAUAUUCUAAAUUGGGUAAUCCACUCAAUGUGUUAUCAUUUCAAUUAACGGAUUAUUCCGAUGAGAUAAUAGAAGAAUUGCAAAUAUUGUUGAUGAAACAAAGAAGAUGCGAAUAUUUUAACACUUUAGGACAUUUUGCUACUUUAUGUAUUGAAAUGUCGUCACAACUUUGUAAUGAAACUAAUCGAUCAUUGCGCUUACCACUUAUUACUCGAUUUUUCAUGGCUUUAAACGAGUGGAUGUUGUUAAGACGAUGCGCUGUUGCUGUCAGUGAAGGCAUGUUCUUUUACACUGGAUUGACAUUCCCAUUUAAAACACUUUCACCUAAACCUGGAAAUAUCUUACAGAUAUUGAGAAUUGUGGAGACUGAGGGUAAAGUUUUCUUUUCAAAAACUCGGGCCCCGUUCAUAAUGGUACUGGAAGUUGCAGAUUUGGAUGAGGAUGUUAAUUCGAUUAGUGAAUUUAUUAAAGCACCGAUUGGUACUGAUGUGCAUUUGUUAGAUAUUAUAACACCAAAGCGAAAUUUGACAAAUAUCACACAAUCCAACGAGCAUCUGAAUCGUCUAAAACAGGAACAUUUUUAUGUGUUAAAAGCCAUUUUGGAUGAUUUGUUUGAGCGUAAAUUACUGACAAGGAACUCAUUGGAACAGGUUGGUGGCGAUUAUAUUGAAGCUAUAAAGAAUGUACUACGCAUGAAUCAAUUGGACGAUGAACCACUUGAUACAACAUUAGAUAAGAUAGAAGCAAAUCUCAGGUCUGAUACAUCAGACGUCCCUUCCAACCUUACUAAUGUUUCCAUUAUAAACAAUGAAUCUUCUGAUUCAUUAUCUACCAAUAGCACAAGUACCAAUACAGCAACUAAUAAUAGUAGUACAAAAUCAGAGCAGCAAAAACCCAGAGCAUCAACAACACCAUUGGUAAAAUUCCCAAUCGAUCUUCCUCUGGACACUAGAAGAUCCUCCUCAAAGCCCUCCUCCCCUAGCAGCGAAACAAUAUCAGAAUCACUGACGCAUGAGGAGAUGAGUGGUUUAUCUACUCAACAACUCAGGAAUUAUUUUUGGGGUGAAACACUUGAAGAAAAGAAGAAGAAGUUUAGGGAACAAUCUCCUUAUGGUAAAUUGAAAACAUGGGAUAUGCGUUUCAUCAUUGUUAAGGCUAAAGAUAAUUUGAGACAGGAAAGAUUAACGUUGCAGAUCAUUGAGCAAUUCAAGACUAUUUUUGAUAAGGCAAAAUUACCCUUAUGGCUAAGGCCAUAUGAAAUACUUAUAACUGGUUCCCAGUCUGGCAUGAUCGAGUUCCUUGUUGGAACAUGUUCUGUGGACUUUCUUAAGCGUAAAUUCAAGACAGAUUCAAUUGCCAAAGUCUUUGAUGUGGCCUUUAAGGAUUGCAAGUUCGAAGCAAAGAAAAAUUUUAUCGAAAGUCACGCUGCUUAUUCAUUGGUUAGUUACUUUUUGCAGAUUAAGGAUCGCCAUAAUGGGAAUAUGUUAAUAGACACCAAUGGGCACGUAAUACAUAUUGACUUUGGAUUUAUGCUGUCGAACUCACCGGGUAAUAUCAAUUUUGAGAAUGCUCCAUUUAAACUGACUCAAGAAUAUUUGGACAUCAUGGAUGGAGAAUACUCGGAUAACUUUGAGUACUUUAGGACGCUUAUUAUUCGUGGAUUCCUAGAGGCUAGGAAGCAUGUAGAUCGCAUUGUAUUGAUGAUUGAGAUGAUGACUAACGCUUGCAAACUGCCUUGUAUGUCUGGUGGAUUAUCGUAUAUUAUUGAAGGUUUACGCAAUAGAUUUAUGGUCAAUAUCCCAGAAGACGCUUGUAUUGAGAAGAUUGUCGAGAUGAUAGACAUGUCUAUCAAUAACUUCAGGACAAUUCAAUACGAUAAUUACCAGCGUAUAACUAAUGGUAUACGUUGA